GAUGCCGUUUCAGUUCGAGACGGGACAACAUAGUUAGGCUCAAGUUCGGAAAUUUGCGGGCCAGCCCGGUCGGGCUAGAAACAAUCACACUUACCAGUUACAAAUCAUCCUGUCUAUCGACUAUUAUGAUUAUAAUAACAUUUCCUGAUUUCCAUAAUAUCGAAAACUUGGAAAUUCAAAUAUCAUCUCCUAUGCCUUCAUGGACAUUUGCAGAAGCUCAAAACCCUAGAAAAAUCUAACAAAUGGCACUCUGGUCCUCUUCUCUCACCAUUCCCUUAAAGGAAUCUUCGAUACAAAGGCCCAAAUCACUUUGUGCAAGUAGCCGGGGAACCUCUGCAUCGGCCGCCUUUCGUAGUUUUCCGGUUUCAACAAAUUGCUUCCCUUCAGCAUCUGAUUGUUCUCUUGUGCUUCAUGGUGGUGCUCUCAAUUUCGGCCAAAGGUUUUGUGGUUUGAAGUUGUGGAUACUUGAGAAGCUCAAUUUUCAAAGUCAUCAUAAAAAGUGUGGGUGGGCAAGUGAGUCUAAUAGGCUUAAAAUUCAAGGGAAAGAUCAAUUGCAAGGGCAAUCAGAAACACCGGUUUCAUGUGAAGGGAGCAUUCCCGAAGAAGUAUCUGCAACAAAGUUUCUUAAUGACUCGGUUGAUGUAACAGCUACACAUAUUCCUCAGACUGAAGAUAGUUCUUUAUCUAAGAAUCAAAAUGAUGCUCCUACUAUUCCUGUUGCAUCUUUAAAAUCUCCAUCUUUGAGAGAAACAAGUUCUAGCAAUUAUGAUACUCAGGGUGGUAAUGCGCCAUCACUUAGCAUUGCAGUUAUAGGGGCUACUGGCGAGCUGGCUAGAAAUAAGAUUUUUCCAGCAUUAUUUGCUUUAUACUACAGUGGAUUUCUUCCUGAGAAUGUUGGCAUCUUUGGGUAUUCCAGAAAGAACUUGAAAGAUGAAGAUCUUAGAUCCAUGAUUGCUUCUACUUUGACCUGCCGUGUUGAUCAUCAAGAAAACUGCGAUGACAAAUUGGAUGCUUUUCUCAGUAGAACAUACUACCUUAAUGGAGGUUUUGACAACAGGGAUGGCAUGUCAAGGCUCAACAAGCUAAUGGAAACAACUGAGGGUGAAUCUGGAACAAACAGAAUAUUUUACCUUUCUGUGCCACAAGAAGCACUUCUUGAUGUUUCACUGUCUCUUGCUGAUAAUGCACAAACCAAAAGGGGCUGGAAUCGGAUCAUAAUUGAAAAACCAUUUGGUUUUGAUGCAUCCUCUUCUUAUCAGUUGACACGGUCUCUCCUUUCAAAAUUCGAGGAAAAGCAAAUCUAUAGGAUAGAUCAUCUUCUUGGGAAAAAUUUGAUUGAAAAUCUCACUGUUUUAAGGUUCUCUAAUCUUGUUUUUGAGCCACUCUGGAGCAGAACUUACAUACGUAACGUGCAGGUCAUUUUAUCAGAAGACUGGGGUAUGGAAAAGCAAGGAAGAUACUUUGAUGGGUAUGGCAUUAUCCGGGACAUAGUCCACAGUCAUAUAUUGCAAACAAUAGCAUUGUUUGCCAUGGAGCCACCCAUAAGUCUGGAUGGUGAAGAUAUUCGAAAUGAAAAGGUCAAGGUUCUGAGAUCAAUCCGGAAAUUGGAACUUGGUGAUGUUGUUCUUGGCCAAUAUAAGGCUAGUUCUGUAGACAAGGUUGAUGUUUAUCUGAACACCUUGACACCCACAUUCUUUGCUGCUGCCCUGUACAUUGAUAAUGCUCGCUGGGAUGGUGUACCCUUUUUGAUCAAAGCCGGCAUGGGGCUAAUUAAACACAGAGUGGAGAUUCGAAUCCAGUUUCACCAAGUUCCAGGAAACCUCUAUAGUGAACGCAUUGGGCAUAACAUUGCACUUUCCACUAAUGAACUGAUUCUACGGGAUGUUCCUGAUGAAGCAAUCCUUGUCAAAGUCAACAAUAAGAUCCCAGGUUUAAGCUUACAACUGGAUGCUUCAGAACUGAAUUUGCUAUACAAGGACAAGUAUAAUGUGGAUGUGCCCGACUCAUAUGAACAUCUUCUUCUGGAUGUCAUUGAUGGAGACAACCAUUUAUUUAUGAGAAGUGACGAGCUUGCAGCUGUAUGGAAUAUUCUGACUCCAGUUCUACGUGAGAUAGAUGAGAACAAGAUAGCCCCAGAGCUCUAUGAGUUUGGAGGCAGAGGCCCUGUAGGAGCUUACUAUCUCGGAGCAAAACAUGGUGUCAGAUGGGCAGACGACUAGCAAAUAACAAUAGCCAGCCCCUCUCCAUGAGCAGCAGAUUUGUUGUAUACUUGUAUUCCUCACUAUGUCUAUUAAUAUUUUACUAGUAAUGAAUUGAAGUCAACAAAAGCCACUGAUUAGACAUGCUAAUGUUGCACGGUGAAUGUAAGGAAUAUUGUAUAAGUAUCUAUUCAGUAGUCUUUGUUCCUGCCAAGUCCGAAUUCAGAUUCAA